GCACGUCAUGUAAAACCCUGGGAUCCGCUUUUGACCUUCAAUCUGGCUCUGGUGCAGAAACGCAUGGCUGUUUUGGUCCUGAAAGAUGAGGCGAGCAGUUUUGCAGCCGUCUGUGAGGCCAUCUCUGAUCUCAGCAUGGCUAGAUGCACCUUCGAGCACAUUUCCAAGUCGAGUGAAAUAGUCAACCAGUCGAUAUCACUGGAUGAGGCUCGAGCCUGUCAUGAUCUGUUGAGUCAGGCCAAAUACCAUCUGGAUCGGGCGAAGUCGCGUGAAGAACAAGAGCGUCUCUUCCGUCAGCGCCAGGAGGAGGAGCGUGAGGCACAGAGAAGGAAACAGGCAGAACUUCAAGCGAAGGCGGAGGCUUUACGACUAGAGCGUGAGCGCCGACUGGAAGAAGAGCGUGGAAAGUUCAUUGAGAAGGCCAAGCAGAUCAGUUUGGAGUCUUCAGCUCUAGAGAAGAAAUUGAGAAAGAGCGCCAGUGGAAAGAAACGAGGUGGCGAUGAGGAUGGAUUCAUAGAUGAUGAUGUCGAGGGUAGCAGUACCAGUGAAGAUGAUGGUAAACAGGGAAAUUUAGUUGCAGAGCCUGAUGAUGGAAGUGGCAAAAAGAGUGUCAAACGCGUCAAGAAGUCAUUGCGAGGUGGUGUGGAGGCAAAGUGUCGGAAAACGUCCUCCUCAAAGGACUCUAGUGAGCGCCAUCGUAGUCACCACCAUCACCAUCAUCACCACCACCAUCAUCAUCACCAGCACAGCAAUGAUGAGGAGAAGUUGUCGGCUCGACAACGAAGUCGUGUAGUCAGUAAGGCGUUAAUUAGUGACGAAGAUGACUCUGGCAGUUCGAGUGGAGAUGAGGAUGUUGAGGAGUCGAAAAUUCGGCAUCAGAAGUUGAUGGAAGCAAAGAAGGAGGAGGCGGAGGGUGUGGAGAACAGCCCCUCACACGAAGGAAGGCGAAGAAGAAGAGAUGCUUUAGAUUCGCUCAGUGAAUCUUCGGCCGACAAGGAGGUGGUAAAUGAAGAUGGUGACAAAGUUGAGGAAGUGGAGAACAAGAGGAGGAGAAGGAGGAGUGUAGAGGACGAAGAAGGUAAACGAAAGAGCAGCGGAGACGACUCGUCAGACAACGAUGAUGGGAUAGGUGGAACUGCCAAACGAGCUCGUAUGCUGGAGAGCAGUAGUGGCAACAGCGGCAGCAGCAGCAGCAGCGACAGCGAGGCAGGUGAUAUCGAAGAGCGGAAAGCUGUGAAGACUUCACCGGAGAAGAAUGCUGCUUCUUGGUUGGCAUCCUCGUCAUCGUCUUCGGGAGACGAGACUUAA